CGGCCGCCAUAUUGGUCAGGGACAUAUCGCUUGUUGGUAUUAAGGGAGGUAUGGCGAAUUGCUGCCACCUCCUGUUUAUUCUCGUUGUACUGCAAAAACCAUCCCAAAAUUUAACUGGCUCUUUUUACUCUCACUUGAGGUAAAAUAUGUUUAAGUAAAAUUUUUGGGUACUCUGCUCACCUCUGACUGUUGUGAAUUGUUAAAAUGUUUGCUACCCUGGUUGACUUGCACCUGGUAUUUUUCUUUUUCUAAACGGUGUCUGUAAAUCAGUGCUGUCACUGGCGCUGCUCCAGCCCUCAUGCUCUUGGACUCUAACCGUCAUGUCCAUUUGUCUAAAAAACAAAACCACCCCUUUAAUUCCAGGUUAUCCUUAUGUUGCUGCCUGUGUAUUAUGGAAGUCAGGAGGUGAUGCCCCACUCCUUAUGCACUUUGCACCAGGUAUUUUCAGCCGUAAUGAUUCAUGACUUUCACGUAAACGAAACAUAAAACUCAUUUCACCAACAAAGAAGCUGGAAUUCCUUCCAAACAAAAGUAAACCUGAACAGUCAGGAUUUUUUAAACUACACUGAGUACUUUCUAUUUUUGUGCUGAAAUGUCCUUCAGACCAGAGGAAGAUCUGACCUACAGUAUACAAAUAUUGAUUUAUUCUAGCUAAUCUAAUUCCAAGUAUUUACUUAACCAUAGCCACCCAGUGAUUUAAUAAAUUGUUGAAGCUUGAAUUUACAUAGAAUUUCUGUAAAGUUUUACCCAGGAUGUAACUUCAAAACAGGUCAGUUUUUGCCGUCUCCAAAAUUAAUAGCGAUUAAGAUGAAGUUUUUUAGCAAAGACCUGUGUGUUCACCAGUUGGACUCUCACACCUAGCGUAGCAUCACAGUAGUGUGAUGACAAAUGUGGCGCAAUAUUAUGUUGCAUGUUUUGUAGUAAAGACAUUUUUCUGUCCUCCAAUCAAUGAAUUGUGUGGCACUAGUAGCUCCACCUUAACCAUACGGUACCAUUGCUCUUUGGACUUACACUAAAGGAGGAAUGGUGUGGUACUAGUCAGCUGUAUGGGCCACAUUUACAUUGGGAACAGUCAAACUAGCGAACAAAGCUGUACCAACCCAUGCUGCUCAGUGGAAACGAGGCAUUAGAAGUCCUAAGAAUGAGGCCAGGAAGUUAAGGGCAAAGAUGGAUGAGAGUAAUGAGGUGGAGGACAAAAGAUGAGGACUGUAGUGGCACCAUGGAGAAAUAGGUGGGUGGUAUCGAAAUGAAAGGUAGAUUCAUGUGUUAUGUCUUAUGCAAGAAAGUCCAGUGCAGCUUCAGAAGGUUUCUAUAGACACAGAAAGUAUAAAGAUUUAAAUAUUGUAAAAAAUGCAUUAAUUGUGAGCAAUUAUUAUGAGAAACUUAAUUAAUUUUGAAUACAUCAGAAAAUCCAGUGUGUAACCUGAAGAGGGCACAAGAGCAAAGAGUCUCUGGACAUGAAAAUAUUGGAAAUGAAAGAUUGGUUGAUCGUCAGACUCUUGGUGUCUCAGGGAUUUUUACCUCUGGUGUCACUCUGUCUCCUGGAGCUCCUAAUUUUAGACGGCUGUUUCUUCUCCCGGUGGUCGUCACUUCCUGUUUGUCCGGUGGGAACUGAGUGGACGCACACACAUAUUGUGAAGGGGUUCCUGUUCCUGAGGGUCUGUGGAUCCACUCAGGGAGAAGGUGAAGGGCAAGAAAGCAGAUGGAGAAAUUCAUGGCUGGACAGAAGGACUGAGAGAAGAAGGACAAUUUGAAGGGACAAACUGGAGGAAGAACGAUAAGUGUCCAGUUUUAAGGAAAAAGAGUUGAGUGUUGAGUAAAAUGUGACUGUGAAGGAGAUUAACGGAGAAGUUGGUGCAAGAGUUGGAUGGCGUCUGUGGAGGAGAACAGGGAGGACAGCUGAUUUACUUUGGGGGACCAAGAAGGAGACCUGGAGGAAGAGGAGCAGCAGAUCGACAAAUUCUGUGGUGGAGGAGUAGAUCUGGUCCUGAUGAUGGGUUGCUGCCUCUUUGUUUACUAUCGGAAGAAGAGAAAGCAGACCAGCAGAGAUGCAGAUGCCCUCAGCCUCUGCAGUCUGGACAUCAAUGAGCCGGGCACCAAGCGCAGCAAACCCGUCCCCAGGGUGGCGGCGCUGGCGAGCCUGCUGCCUCCGGUCAAAGCCACAUCGCUGAAGAGGAUCGGCCAAACCCUGCAGCGCUCCGUCAGUUUCCGUAAUGAGAGUCGAGCUUCAACUCUUCCUCCUCCUCCUCCUCCUCCUUCCUCUUCCACGAUGACGACGCGUGUUGUUUCCGCGACCGUCUCCAGCCCUCCGUUCUGCAUGACCAUGUCGAGGGUUUCCGCGGCAACAGGCCCCGCCUCCAAGCGCCGCGACAGCAAGCUGUGGAGCGAGACGUUCGACGUCCGAGUCGGAGCGACUCUGAGUCCAAAGGAGAUAAAAAGACAAGAGGCCAUUUUUGAGUUGGCUCAAGGAGAACAAGACUUGGUGGAAGAUCUGAAGUUGGCCAAGAAGGCGUACCGCGAGCCGAUGCUGACGCUGGCCAUCAUGACUGAGCAGGAACUGAACCAGAUCUUCGGUACUCUGGACUCACUCAUACCUCUGCAUGAAGACUUGCUGAGUCGGCUACGAGAUGCCAGAAAACCCGACGGAACCACAGAAAAUGUGGGACACAUCCUGACCGGCUGGCUGCCUUGUCUCUCCUCCUACACGCCGUACUGCAGCAACCAGGUGCAGGCCAAGGCCCUGCUGGACCAGAAGAAGCAGGACCGGCGGGUCCAGGACUUCUUGCAGCGCUGCCUGCAGUCUCCGUUCAGCAGGAAGUUGGACCUGUGGAACUUCCUGGACAUCCCUCGCAGCCGGCUGGUGAAGUACCCGCUGCUGCUCAGAGAGAUCCUGAAGCACACGCCCAACGACCACCUGGACCGGCAGCACCUGGAGGAGGCGAUGCUGGUGGUGCAGAGCGUGGUGGCGGACAUCAACCGGCGGACCGGAGAGUCGGAGUGUCAGCACUAUAAGGACCGUCUGCUGUACUCGGAGGAAGGACGGCGGGACGAACUGAUCGACGGAUCCAAGACGCUCAGCUGCCACGGAGAGCUGAAGAACAACAGAGGAAUCAAGCUCCACGUGUUUCUGUUCCAGGACAUUUUGGUGAUCACUCGGUCGGUUUCGCUGAACAGCCAGCCGGUCAGCUACCAGCUCUGCCGCCAGCCAAUCCCCAUCCGCCAGCUGGACCUGGAGGACGUAUCGGACGGCGAGCUGAGAGUGGGCGGGUCCAUCAGAGGGGCCUUCAGCAACACCGAGCGAACCAAGAACUUCUUCCGGGUUUCGUGCCGGUCAGGAAGCCAGCUGCAGACGCACUGCUUCCAGGCGAGCGACGCCUUCAACAAGCAGCAGUGGAUCAACUGCAUCCGGCAGGCCAAAGAGGCGGCGGGAGAGCAGACUCCUCAGACGGAACGGCGUACAGAACCAGAACCAGGAGAACCAGAACCAGGAGAACCGACCGAUUCGAGCGAAGAUUCAGGAAUCAAAAACGAAACUUUGGCAAAGACAGAAGAUCUGAAUCUGGAAGAUGUCGGUUUAUUGUCAGAGAGCAUGAUGGCCGACGAUGAUGGGAUGUCAUCAGUAGAACCAGAGAUGGACGGUGAGACGGAGUCGACACCGGAACCAGAACCACCUGCAGACUGCAGGAUGGACCAGGAAGUAGAGACUUCAGCUGGGAAGGUCGCUCUGAACGAAGAGGAGGAGGAGGAAGUCAGCACGGACGCUGGAGACAACCAGGAAAUGAUCUGCAGAUGCGCCAGUUUGGCAUUGUUGCACCGUCUUUUCCUCUGGCGGGGUUCCGCCGUCCCGGGUUCGCUUUGCCGUUUCUCCUCCAGGCCAGAGAUCCGAUGUUCCAGGGAAACAAACCUCUCAUCCAUGGAAUCAAGUUUCUGAUAAAGGCUUUCGGAAAACUGGGUUAUCUGGCGAGACAACCCGCUGAUCGCGGAUAAAACCGUCUCGAUGUCUGCCGGUGAAUCCUCCACAUCGCUGCUGGAGUCUCCAU